CGAAACGUACUCAUCGUAAACAAGGUCAGGACAACACCUGUCAAAGAGGCUAUUGAUUCUCUUCUUUCCCAUAUCCGGGCCAAGUACCCUAACACCCGCGUCUUCCACGAGAACAGGCCAGACAUCCCACAAGGUUGCGAAGAAUGGGACCCAGGCCGUCCUGGCGAACCACCGAUUGAUCUCGUCAUCACCCUCGGAGGCGAUGGGACUAUCCUCCAUGCCUCAUCCCUAUUCAAGAAAGGGGCGGUUCCGCCCGUACUAAGCUUCUCGAUGGGGACGUUGGGGUUUUUGCUUCCUUUUCACAUCGACGACUUCGCCCCCGCCCUCGAAUCCGCCUUCCAAAACAAAGCAACAACUCUCUUCCGAAUGCGUCUCUCCUGCUCCUUCCUCUCCCGUACCGGCACACCCCUCCCCUCUCACCCCACCUCCUCUUCCCCAAAUCCAAAUGACAACGAUACAGAAGCAUGGCAAGUAAUGAACGAAGUCGCCCUACACCGGGGCCGCUCUCCACAUUUAAAUACAAUCGACGCCUUCGUCGACGGUCAACACCUCACAGAAUCCGUUUCCGACGGCUUAAUCGUUGCGACUCCGACGGGGAGUACAGCGUAUUCUUUAAGUGCAGGAGGUCCAAUCGUUCAUCCGAGUUUGAGUGCACUUGUUUUGACGCCGAUAUGUCCACGGAGUUUGAGCUUUAGGCCUCUGGUGUUUCCAGGGAGUGUUGUUGUUACGCUUAGGAUUGGUGAACGCUCCCGCGCACCAGCAAAUGUAUCAAUGGACGGACAAGAAGCUCGUGUCCUUAACCCAGGGGAAGCAGUCGUCGUCCGUGCCUCUCCCUACCCUAUUCCUUGCAUAAAUCGAUCGAGCAUCGCGGAACCACUUUUCACGAGAGAUAACGUCGAAAGGGGGGAAGGUGCUGGUCCAGGGAGAGAGGAUGAUUGGGUGAGGGAUAUCAAUAAUUUGUUGCAGUAUAAUGCGACGUUUAGGAGUAAGGCGCUUUUGAGGCAUAGUCGGGGGUAG